AUGGCUGCGCUGCGGAGGCUUGUGUGGCCGCCGCCUCGGCUGCCCGCCCCGAUCUCCCCGCACCCGCCCUUCUCGGGGCCGCGGGGGCGGCCCGUGGGGAUGGCGCAGGGCGCCCCGGGCCGGCCCUUCUCCGGCAGGGACGAGGAGGAGGGGGCCGUGGCCGACGCGGCGUGGAGGCGCCGGCGGCGCUGGGGCGAGCUGAGCAUCGCGGCUGCGGCGGGCGGGGGUCUGGUCGGCCUCCUGUGCUACCAGCUGUACGGGGACCCCCGGGCCGAGGCGUCCCCGGGGCGCCCCGAGAGCGCGGCUGCGGAGCCCGACGACCCGACCCGCGGCCGGGGGCUGCUGCCCAUCCCGGUGGCGGCUGCCAAGGAGACGGCUGCUAUUGGCAGAACAGACAUUGAAGACUUGGACCUUUAUGCUACAUCUCGGGAAAGGCGCUUUCGUUUGUUUGCUUCUAUAGAAUGUGAAGGGCAGUUAUUCAUGACUCCGUAUGAUUUUAUUUUGGCUGUUACAACAGAUGAGCCCAAAUUUGCUAAAACAUGGAAGUCACUUUCCAAACAUGAAUUAAGUCAUAUGCUUUCAGAAACACCUCCUGUUUGGAAGGGCUCAUCAAAGCUAUUUCGAAAUCUUAAAGAGAGAGGUGUGAUUUCUUACACAGAAUAUCUUUUCCUUUUAUGUAUUUUAACAAAGCCACAUGCAGGCUUUAGAAUAGCUUUCAACAUGUUCGACACUGAUGGCAAUGAGAUGGUAGAUAAAAAGGAGUUUUUGGUGCUUCAAGAGAUCUUCAGGAAAAAAAAUGAAAAAAGAGAAACUAAAGGAGAUGAAGAGAAACGUGCAAUGCUGCGUCUUCAACUUUAUGGAUACCAUUCUCCUACUAAUAGUGUACUUAAAACAGAUGCUGAGGAACUCGUCUCCCGAAGCUAUUGGGAUACACUGAGACGUAAUACAAGCCAAGCACUCUUUUCAGACCUUGCAGAGCGUGCUGAUGACAUCACAAGUUUAGUAACAGAUACUACACUUCUUGUACACUUUUUUGGAAAGAAAGGAAAAGCUGAGCUCAACUUUGAAGAUUUUUAUAGAUUCAUGGAUAACCUCCAAACAGAAGUUCUGGAAAUAGAAUUCCUCUCCUAUUCUAAUGGGAUGAAUACUAUCAGUGAAGAAGAUUUUGCUCAUAUUCUUUUACGAUAUACAAAUGUGGAAAAUACAUCAGUAUUUUUGGAAAAUGUGCGUUACAGUAUACCUGAAGAAAAGGGCAUCACAUUUGAUGAGUUCAGGUCAUUUUUCCAGUUCCUGAACAACCUAGAAGACUUUGCAAUAGCAUUGAAUAUGUAUAACUUUGCAAGUCGUUCUAUAGGGCAAGAUGAAUUUAAGCGUGCCGUCUAUGUAGCUACUGGUCUCAAACUUUCACCACAUUUAGUGAACACAGUCUUCAAGAUUUUUGACGUUGACAAAGAUGAUCAAUUAAGUUAUAAAGAAUUUAUUGGAAUUAUGAAAGACAGACUCCAUAGAGGAUUCCGGGGCUAUAAAACAGUUCAGAAGUACCCCACUUUCAAAUCCUGUCUGAAGAAGGAACUUCAUAGCAGAUAACAAAUUGCGACUAAGUUGUGGUCUGAAAAUGAAAUGGAACAAAUAUUCAUCUGACUGGAAUUCUCUUGGAGUAUCUUGAUUAAAAACUUCUCUUUAACCUGCAGAUACUCCUAAGGUAAAGUUUAAAUGAUUAUUAUCUACAUGAUGAAUGCAAGAAGCAAAAAUUUCAGAGAUCUGAAGCAGUUCUGAGAUCUGAACAUGUAGAAAUGAAGGAAAAGGUGAAAUGCUAUGAAUCAUGACUUUUUCUUGAACUGAAUUCUUGAAUGUAGUACAUAAAAUUUAUCUUUUUACUAACUACAAAUGUUACGUGUUUUCAAGUAGAGCUUUUGUCUUGAUUUACUGAACUUUGCACUUUUUCAUUCCCUUCAGAAGUAUAUAGAUACUUCCAAUGACUAUGUAAAAAUGUAUUUUAAAUAUAUUUUUUAUUUGUUAACAGUUUGCCUCACUUCAAGAUAAUGUGUGAAUCCUAGACUGUAGAUUUGCUAAAAACAGGUUUUCUUUGGUUUCAAACUGUGAACUUAUUUUCAGAAAAUCCUUGAGAUUUAUUUGUUUUAGGGCCCUUAGAAUUGUUAAUAACUCCUCAUUCUUUGCCCAUUUUAUAAUUACAUUGAGAUAAUUUUGAGAAACAAGUAGAAAUUAAGCUACUAUAACAUUAUGGUUUACACUGUACCUUUCACUUUUAAAAAUACUUAAUUUAUAUUGUUUGAAUCAUAAAACAUUUUUUUAAAAGUUUUUGUUCACUUACCAAAGUCGACAGAUUGUCUGGUAUUCUUUUAUGUAUAAAGAAAUUUUAAAUGUAGAUUUUUCUUUAUCAAAAAAGUUAUAUAUUGAUGGUAGAAACAGUGGUAGUUGCAGUAGUAGUCACUGUCAUCAUCUUAACAUGCUGCUGCUCCUGAUUGCAGAUGGCAUAUGCCAGUAACACUUGUAAAAAUAAUCUUUUAGCUUUGUAACAUAUUGCAUAUUGUUAGUACAUGUCUGUUGUGUCAAAAUGAAUACUAUAAAAUACUAAUAUAAAAUGGUGUAGAAGACUGAUGUAUAUAUUAGGUAGACGUUAAUAUUUUGUUUCUGUCAAAAGGACCACAUGCAAAAGUGAUGCCAAACAGCUAGCAAUAAUGAAUGAUUUAAAUAUAACUUGUUAUUUCAAAAUAAAGUCUUAAAAGAGAAUGGAAAAACUACUAAACACAAUAAAAUUAGAUUUUCACAUGGAGAAAACUGAUAGUACUUAAUGGAAAUCUGUUCAAUCAGAAAAGUAUAGGUUAUUAAAAACACUAUAUAAAAAUAAAUCAGUGGAUUUAAAUUAAUAUAUUUCUAUAUUUUAUGUUAAAGAUAAGUUCUUUAUCUUCUUUUCUAAUAUAUAUUUAAUGUAAAUUGCACACACUCCAACUAUUGCCUUGCUUUUGCAUAUGAAAAUAGGAAAUACUGACUUUGUUUUCUAAGUUAUUAAAUGUGAAAUUGGUAGUUUGCAUCAGCCUAUUUAUAAAAGUAAUGUUAUUUCCAAGAAAAUGUUAUUAUUAGUAUUGACCAUGUAUUUGUUAGACUUUUUACAUUCUUUUUCUGAUGUUAUUUAUUUCACUGAUAAAUACAAUUGGUUGACUAAAUGAAAAUGCCUACCCGCUCAUCUAACAUGCACCAAGUCUAUUUUACCUCAUACUGAAUGUUCUCAAUAUUAUAAUUUGCUAUCUAAAAUAAUUAAAAAUAUGGAAUUUGCUUUGCCUUUGACUAUAUUUUGUAUCAUGUUGCAUACAUGGAAAAGCUGCUCUUUAUAACAGUCAUACAAAUGUGGAUAAAAACUGAAUUGACUCAAGUUCUUUAUAAUUCUGCCAUUAUACUAAGUGGGAAUAAAUAAAAUAUCCUAUACAAUUAAAAUGGAAAAAAUAGUAAAUCACAGCGAUUCCCCUACAUUUUAUCACUCUUGAACUUCACCAUCUAUAAAAUGGGAGGUAAAAAUAUCUCACUAGAUUUUUGUUUACAUAAUUGCUUUUAAUUAAAUGUUUUGAAAAUAGCAAUGUACUAAAUACAUGUAUGCUAUUAUUCUCUAUUUCCUUCUGCAACCUAAUCUUUGGAAAGAUGAAGCUAUACAUUAAAUUUUAGUAUACUCUAUGCAGAAAGUCUGCAUGAUAAAAGGUCUAUGGUAUUUAUUAGAAUCAUUUCAUAUUAGAA